UAAAAGCUGCACUGUGGUGAAUGCAGGCAGCAGCAUUCUGUGCGAGGUGUGUGAGCGCCCUCGUCUGGCCACCAGACCCCCUGUCGCACCCUCACGCCCGACCCCCACUGCUGCAGGACUAAUGGACAGCCAGUGGGUUUGCCAGGUUUGUACGUACGUCAACAAAACACCAUCACCUGCAUGCGAAAUGUGUUUUUCGAGAUCAGAGCCUGCUCAAUCACCUCUAAGCCCCUCCCACUCACCAGUCAAGGACAUCACACCGCUUCCAGCCCCACCUAAAGUCAUUCCUACUGAGGACCCUGAUUUGAAAAGGCAAAGAUUGAUGAGGGAAGAAGGGCUUAAACUCAUUCAGCUCAUUCGUGAGGGAGAGAAGAAAGGAGUGAGCCCGGAGGAGGUUUACACCAGCAUGUGUGUGUCGGGAAACAGUAAUGUAAUGCCGUAUGACUGGCUGAAAGCAGAGCUACCUCAUGUGCUUGAUGAGAUCUGUGUGAUGGCUGCAUCCUGUCAGCAAGAACCCAACGCACAAUCGAACUGUUCAGGGGGGAACAAUGGCCAGGAUGGACAAAAGAGCAAUGCUGUUCCCCUGUCCAGAGCAGAAGCCAAACGGGCCUGGCUGGCAGCAGGGGGAGAUAAUGAGAAGGCUGUCAGGCAGGCUCUCAGACACCGUAGAGUUAAAGUAAAAGAGCUUGGCUCUCUGGGAUUUAAUGAUGUGACCCGCUGUGAAGAAGCCCUGCGGCAGAGUGGAGGGGAUGUGAGGGGGGCUCUUGUUCAGCUGCAGCGCCCUUUACUGGAGCCAUUCCAUCAGCGCAUGUGGAGCGACGAACCAGAGCCCCCUAUCGACAUCAACCAUCCAGAUAAACAGCAUGUUUGCCGUAGGCUGCUGGCAGUGUUUGAUCUGCCCAGCUGGGGGCGCUGUGAGCUGGUUCUGUCAUUGCUGCAGGACCCUACAGCCACAUACACACUGGAGGAUGUGGUUCAGGCCGUGCGUGAAUCACCUGACCGGGACUUCAUUCGCCGUGUGCUGAAUAAGGAUUGCCCCAUCUGCCUGUCAGUUUUUCCCCACAGCAAGAUGCGGUCUUUGACAUCAUGCCAGUGCUCCGUGUGCUGUGGAUGUUUCAAGCAGCAUUUCACCAUAGCGGUGAGGGACAAGCACAUCAGAGACAUGGUGUGUCCUGUCUGCACAGAGCCUGACAUCAAUGACCCUGAGCACCUGAACAGCUACUUUUCCACUUUGGACAUACAGCUAAGGGAUUGUCUUGAACCGGAUGUGUACGAUCUUUUCCACAAGAAGCUGACUGAGCAGGCUCUAAUCAAGGACCCAAAGUUCCUCUGGUGCAGCCAUUGCUCCUAUGGCUUCAUCUAUGAUGGCGAUCAACUCAAGGUCACCUGUAUGCAGUGCAGGAAAAGCUUCUGUGCUCAAUGCAAAAAAACGUGGGAAGCGCAGCAUAUGGGGCUCUCGUGUGAGCAGUUCCAGCAGUGGAAGCGAGAGAAUGACCCCGAGUACCAAAAGCAGGGUUUGGCCGGGUAUCUUCGUGACAAUGGGAUCACUUGCCCUAACUGCAGGUUCCAGUAUGCUCUGGCCAAGGGCGGCUGUAUGCACUUCAGUUGUUCUCAGUGCAGGUAUCAGUUCUGCAGUGGAUGUAACAACCCCUUCCACACAACGUGUGCAGUGAACCAGUGUACUGUGACAGGUCUGCAUGCCCAUCACCCCAGAGACUGCCUCUUCUACCUCCGAGACUGGGAGCCUGCCAGGCUUCAGGCCUUACUGCAGAAAAAGGGGGUGAACUACAAUACGGACACCGCACCAGGAGCACAGACUGGUGUGUGCGGAGUGAGCGAGCAGAAAGACGAAGGGACUCGUCAAACCGAUUCGCCAUGUGGGGCUCAGACUCAGCCGGGCCAGGCGGGACUCUGCGAGAAGCAUUAUCGAGAGUACCUGGUCAGCCUCAUUAAUGGGCAUUCUAUUGACCCCGCACCCCUUUACGAUCUCGAUGAGCUGACUGUGGCCUGCAGGAGAUACCAUGUUGAUGUCAGACAGGGGGAUGGAGAAGACGAGAGAGCAUACUUUGCCAGACUGCUUAAGAAACUCAUGGAUGACGUGCCUCUGGGUGACAAGGUCCCUCGCAAGAAGUGAAAUCUUUUCUUUCUUUUCUUUUUUUUUCUUUUCUUCAGUGAUCAUUUAACCUGUACUAUUUUAUUUGUAGCUCUACUUUAUGAUAUGAGCUGUGAGGUCAACAGAAUGUUAAACAGUGCUUCCCUGUUCUCGAUGUGAUGUAGUUGCACUCAUUUGCACAAUGCACACACUGGUGUAAGUUUUCCUUUUCCUCUAAUGUUUUGUGAUUUGAAAAUUGUUGCUUUUUAAUCAUGCUUUGAUUUUAAUCUCCCUCAAAUAGCAUUAUAGCUGUGACUUGAUUUAACAAAAUAACACACUUUGACCGCUAUAAUGAAACCAGUUCUGGUGUCAGUGAAUUCAUAUAAUCAAGUUUUUCAUUAAUUCAGUUUUAAAUUUAAGCACCAAAAGUUUAAAACAACAGCAUUUUAAAUGGAUUUUAUGGGUUAUCCUUUCAGUUGAUUGUACUUUAAUCUAAUCAUAUUCUGCAGAAUGAAAUGCGUCAAAUGACAUACAAUCAAAGUUAUAAUGGCAUGAUGUUUUAA